AUUAUCACUACCUUUUUUCUGGAGAGUAAAAACAUUUAAAAAACAUUAUUGCAAAAAAUUAUGAAAUUAUGAGGUCUGGAAUUCUGUUUGCUGCUUUUACUUGCUUUAUGCAAUCUGUGAGAUGUGCAGAUUCCAACGUUUUUCUAAUAUAUAAUGAGAAUCACCGAAGGUGUGUGGAUGCAAAAAGUGAACAAGCUGUGGAAAUAAAUGUUUGUGAUGCCACUGAAAAGUCGCAGCAGUUUCAGUGGGUUACUGGUCAGAGGCUCAUGAACAUCAAGUACACACUAUGCCUUGGAGUUCCCAGAAAAACGAACUGGGUGCCGAUAACUCUGUAUCAAUGCAAUGACAGCAGCAAUCUGCAGAGCUGGGUAUGCCAGAAUGACACCCUGCUGAGCAUCAAGGGUGUUGAUCUCUACUUCAAUUAUGGGAACAAAAAUGCAAAAAAUAUAAUGCUGUACAAAGGAUCGGGAUUAUGGAGCAGGUGGAGAGAUUAUGACACCAACCAUGAUCUUUGCUCAAAGCAGUUUGAAGAUUUGUUUACAAUACUAGGUAAUUCCAAUGGACAGCCCUGUGUAUUUCCUUUUAAGUAUAACAAGAAGUGGUAUACAGAGUGUACACUUGAUGGCAGAAACGAUGGACUCCAUUGGUGUGCAACCACAUCAGACUAUGCAGAUCGCAAGUGGGGGCUUUGUCCUUCAAAAUCUGCCCCCUGUAAUUCUCUUUGGAGGAAAGAUUCUUUAACAAGUAAAUGUUAUCAAGCCAACAGUCAAUCAGCUCUAACAUGGCAUGAAGCAAGAAGGAGUUGUCAGCAACAAAAUUCUGACUUGUUGAGUGUGACAGAAUUGCAUACUCAGACAUUUGUGUCAGGCCUAUUACAAUAUGUAGGAACACCUCUGUGGAUUGGACUAAGCAGCCAGGAUUUUGAGAGCGGGUGGGAAUGGAGUGACCAAAGCCCCUUCAGAUACUUGAACUGGGCUCCUGGUCAUCCAUCAGCUGGCAGAGAAGAUACAUGUGUGGCAUUGAAUCCAUCAAUGGCAUCAAAGUGGGAAAGCAAUGCUUGUUCUCUGAAAUUGGGAUAUAUUUGUCAAGGUGACACUAAGCCUUUGAAGACCACUCCAGCUCAAGUAAUCACUACACCCAUUUCUUGUCCAAGUGGAUGGCAGCCCUAUGCCGGUUAUUGUUAUAGGCUACAAAAAAGUCCCAAGACAUGGCAGCAGUCUUUAAGAGCCUGUCGAAAGGAGGAAGGAGAUCUAGUUAGCAUUCACAGUAUUGAAGAGGAAAGCUUUAUCAUCACUCUGCUUGGAAUUUCAUCCAUGAAUGGAGUAUGGCUUGGAUUGAAUGAUCUUAAGAUGUCAAUGUUGUUUGUGUGGUCAGAUGACACACCUGUGACCUUUACUUAUUGGGGCUAUCAAGAACCAAGUCACCAUAGUAACAGGGAUGAAGACUGUGUCAUGAUGAAUACAACGAGUGGCUAUUGGGCAGAUGAACUCUGUGAAAUAGAACAAGGAUAUAUUUGUAAACGAAAACCACUUUCAAAUAAACCAGGGGUGAAGCUGGAUAUUCCUGCAGAAGAAGGAUGCCAGAAGGGUUGGAAGAGAUAUCACACAUUUUGUUAUCUGAUUGGACAAACAAUAAAGACGUUCAGGGACGCAAAUAACAUGUGUCAAAAUCAGGGAGCAGCCCUUGUUAAUGUCCAAGGAAGAUUUGAACAGGCUUUCCUGACAAGCUUAAUUGGUCUACGACCUGAAGCAUAUUUUUGGAUUGGAAUAAAAUCUGAUGAAGAUAACGAAGGAACCUUCAUAUCUGUAGAUCGGAAGACAAUAUCAUUUACCCACUGGAACAUUAAUAUGCCAGGGAGAAAUGUUGGAUGUGUUGGCAUGGCAACUGGAAUUGCUGCUGGGUUAUGGAAUGUCUAUGAUUGUAAUACCAAGGCAAAGUAUAUCUGCAGGUCCUGGGCAGAUGGUGUGACACCUCCUCCAUUCAUUCCAACAAGUGCUGCUGCAACUUGUGAGUCAGGGUGGAAAACAUAUGACAACUCCCAAUACUGUUACAAAGUUUUCAUAAAAUCACAACAUUUUAGGAAAUCAUGGUUUGAAGCACGUGAUUAUUGUCGAAGUAGAGGAGCACAUCUAGUUAGCAUCCACAAUAAAGAAGAAGCUGAUUUUAUCUGGAGUCAACUCGCAUUACUUUUAACUGAUUCGCCUCUGUGGAUUGGAAUAAGUAAGCCAGGACCAAAUUCAGGAUUUGUUUGGAGUGAUGGCAGUCCAGUAGGGUAUGAGAAAUGGAAUGCUGGAGAACCCAACAAUUAUCGUGGGAUUGAGAACUGUGGUGAAGUAGGAACACAUAAUUUGCGAUGGAAUGACUUGCAUUGUGAAAUAUUACGUGACUGGAUAUGCAAAAUUAAAAAAGGAAAAACUGUAAAGCCUGAACCUUCAACUGAAACUUCAGGAACUCUAACAACAGACGAUGGCUGGCUAAUAUAUGACGAAUCUCAGUACUAUAUUAAUCAAGAAGAAUUGGCAUGGGAUGAGGCAAGGGAAUUCUGCAAAAAAGGGUUUGGCGACCUUGCUGUAAUCAGCAGUGCUUCCGAAAGAAUCUUUUUGUGGAAAUCGAUUUUGAAAUACCCCUCCAAUCAAUAUUUUAUUGGCUUGCUUGUGGGUCUUGACAAAACUAUAAAGUGGAUCGACAGUUCUCCAAUUGCUUAUCUUGCUUGGGCCCAGCAUGAGCCUAAUUUUGCAAAUAAUGAUGAAAACUGUGUUACCAUGUACACAACCAUGGGAUUUUGGAAUGACAUGAACUGUGGCCACCCAUUUCCUUCUAUAUGUGAAAGAAGUAACAGUUCAAUUAAUACUACACAAGCUCCCACUGAGGACUCUAAUUCAGGAGGGUGCCCUACAGACUGGGAACCAUUUGGAAAGAAGUGUUUCAAGUUUUAUGGUAAAAUAGAAGAGGAACAUUUAUCUUGGAGUGCUGCAAGAGAUGUUUGCAUAAAAGGUGGAGGGAAUCUGGCAUCAAUUCAAAAUGCUAAGGAACAGGCAUUUAUUACCUUGUCUCUGAAUGGCUUUCCUGGAGAUGUUUGGAUUGGAUUAAAUGAUAUUAAUAAAGAGGGUAGAUACCUCUGGACUGACGGGAAGGGAGUAUCGUAUACUAAUUGGGCGAAAGGCUUCCCAACAGGAAAAGCAUACUCCUAUGAUAAUCCGCAAUCUGACUGUGUGACUGUGAGUGUAACUGCAAAGAAACUCGGUGGCCUCUGGAAGGAUAACUACUGCCAGAUCAAAAGAGGUUUUAUAUGCCAGAAGUAUAAAGAUCGUUCAUUAAGCAUGAACCCCACAACUGUUCCUGGACCAAAUUACUAUCAGUAUGGCAACAAUUCCUAUAAAGUUAUUACGGUCAAGUUGAAAUGGCAAGAUGCACGAAAAGUAUGUGAAGCAGAAGGUGCCCAACUUGUUAGUAUUAGGAACGCCUUUGAGAAUUCCUUCUUGAUGUUAGAGGCAAAUAAGGCUGAAGAGAAACUUUGGAUUGGAUUAAAUGCCAAUGCGACUGCAGGACAAUACCGAUGGAUUGAUGGGUGGAAACUAAGGUAUUCCAACUGGGGUGUUGGAGAGCCCAGGGGCAAUAAUGAUUGUGUCUUUAUUGACCUGAAUGGACAGUGGAAAACCUCAGACUGCAACAAUGAGUCAUAUGCCACUUGUAAAAUAUCUUCUGAACCUGUGAUUACUGAGCCACCUCAACUCCAAGGAAGGUGUCCAGAAACGCUGGACCAAUCCUGGAUCCCAUUUCAUGGGCACUGCUACUUCUUUGAAGCAUCAAAUAAAAAACCUUGGCCCUCUGCCAGCCUUGACUGCAUUCGUUAUGGUGCCUCAUUAGUAAGUAUCGAUAAUAUUCCAGAAAACACCUUUUUGCUAAAUACUGCAGAAGUCAUGGCUGACAAGGCACCUAACUUCUGGAUAGGAAUGUACAGUAAUAUUGAAGGUGCUUGGCUAUGGCUAGAUAAUAGUGUGGUGGAUUUUGUAAACUGGAAUAAAGGAGAACCUUCAGAUCAUAAGCACGAAAACUGUGUUGAAAUGUAUUCGGAUAAAGGUACCUGGAACAACGCACCAUGUGCAAUUUAUAAAAACUACAUCUGCAAAAUGCCAAAAAUUGUGGAUGUAACUGAGGCACCAUCACAACUGGAAGAUCCCCGGCCAAAAAAGAAUCCAUCUUACAGCACUGCAGGGAUUGUGGCGAUAAUAGUUCUUGUCAUCAUUCUACUUGUAGUUCUUGGAGGCUACUUCUUUCAAAAGUAUAGGAGGAAGGCCUCAGAUGGACCUACAACAUUUGAUAACACCCUUUUCUUCAACAGAGAGUUUACAUCUGAACCCUGUGACAUGAAGUCUCUUGUGCCAAAUAUAGAAUCAAAUGAAUAGAAUGUAAUGUAGUUUACUGAAAGUUUAUGAAAUACUUUGAAAUAUAUCUACCAUGAGCUGCAUGCAGUUAGACUGGAAAUGCAUUUUAGCGGUGUAUUUGGCUGAUGUGCGCUUUGCUACAAUAUUUUCCACAGGACUCCACAAUGCUUGUGUAUUGUUUACCAUUAUUUUAGAAGUAUAUAUAUUGAUUACUUAUGUUCGUUAAAGGGCAAUCUUUCAGGUAACCUUUUAGAAUUAAUGCUUAGUGCUUUAGUAAUUCUGCUAUUUAAAUAAUACAUUUCGAAACUGUAAAUAGGAGAGAGUUGAAUCUUAUAGCUUUGAUACAAAGAAAACACCUACUGCAAAAAAAAGUGUGUUGUUUCAUGUAUCUGAUUUAUAGCCCAAAUAUAGUGCGCAAAAUACACGUAACUGUUAAAAACCCCAAGAGAUUCUGCAGAUACUGAGGAAAUCCAGAGCAAUAGAAACAAAAUACUACAGGAACUCAGCAGGUCAAGCAGUAUCUAUGAAAAUAAGUAAACAGUCAGCAUUUCAGGCCAAGACCCUUCAUCGGGACCAAAACAUCAACUGUUUAUUUAUUUCCAUAGAUACUGACUGAGCUGCUGAGUUCCUCCAGCGUUUUCUGCACAUAACUGUUAAAAGCCUAGAUUUCAGAGAAAAUUUUAAAAUCAGCUCACAACUUGUCUGUCAGCAAUUCUCUGCUUUAUUUUUUUAAAUAGAUUAGAUGCAUAUCAUUAACCCUUAUUUUGUGAACAUCCACACAGCAAAUAACUUGAAUAUGAAUUUGUGGUUACUUACUGUUCCAUUCACUGUUUAUGUGUAACCUGGUGAUUAUACAAACCUUAUAGACAAAAUGCGUGCAGACGAAAUUCCAGCCAAGUGUAAAUAAUUAUCAUCAGCACAUUUCUAGAGACAUAACGUGUGCAAAAUUUUGGAUGUUCAUACAGAUUGAAAUAAGUUGAGCGUUUUCAUUUAGACAUUAAAUAUAUUGACCUUACAUAUAUGUAUGAAUAAUAACAUUUGGAAUAAAAGACUAGUAUGUUUAAUAUGGAAUGAUUUUUAUGUUUCCUGAUACACUAAAGAGGUAUGAACUGAUUUCAGGCACAGUUAAAGGGAUAAAUGUUUUAUUCAUUUUAAAAAUAGGAUUCUGAUCAAAUUGUGAUUUCCAUGGCUUGUAUGAGGAAUGAAUUGCAUCAAACAGCAAUCACAAGAAAAUAAAA